ACUUGAGUUGACAUUUGUUUGGUAGAAAGAAUUGCAUUCAUUUUUUUAACUGCGACACAAAGCGAUACUAUUUUCGCAGCAUUGAGUAAAUUAUUUUUGAAAUUUGUGAAGUUUAGUUAUGAAAUAUAUAUUAAAAUAAAAAUUUGAUGCACACUAUAAAAUAAACAAAUGCCAAACAAAAUUUCAAUUUGUAUUAUUAAAAUCGAAAUCGAUUCAACUGUAAAUUCUGAUUACGGAGCAGUAUCUGCAGAGCAUCCAACUAAUCCAAGACUAUUAAAAGAACGUGAACGUGAUCACGGCUUACGGAAGCCAAGUGAAAUAAUAAUUGAAACCUUUACAAAUCAGUUUAUUAUAUUGGAGUCAGAAAAAGAUAUAAGUGCUAUGCGACGUAGACAUGAAGUUCCUACAUCUACUUCGCGUGAAACCACACCAUUGGAGGAAGGACAAAAUCCAACAGAAUUUCCGAAAGAGAUCGCAUAUUUUUCUGGUAAUCCCAGUGUGGAAGUAACAAAUGGUAUUAUACAUCUCUAUAAGAAAAAUGAGCGUAAAGAAAUCAAAGAGGCGCCUUCCAAUCAACUUUGUCUUUUGGCUGUUCCCACAAUUUUAACUUGCCAUGAUUUGUUAAGUUUUAUUGCACCGUGUCACAGUAAAAUUCAACACGUGCGUAUUAUACGUGAUGCCAGUCCAAAUCAAUUUAUGGUUUUACUAGAAUUUCGUUCCAAUGAAUCUGCUUUAGACUUUUAUCAAACUUUCAAUGGUGCACCUUAUAAUUCUUUGGAACCAGAUUCAGUUUGUCAUGCUGUUUGGGUAUCAUCGGUUGAACGUGGUGAUGAUGGCUUACCACCGUUAGGGCACACAGAACUUCCAACGUGUCCAGUUUGCUUGGAACGUAUGGAUGAAAGUGUUGAUGGCGUACUUACUAUCCUUUGCAAUCAUGCAUUCCAUGCUGGUUGUUUGAUUAAAUGGGGUGAUUCGACUUGCCCAGUUUGUCGUCACGUACAGACGCCACAAAGUUUGGAAGAUUCAGUUUGUAUGGAAUGUGAAGGCACAGAUUCAUUAUGGAUUUGUUUAAUUUGUGGUCAUGUGGGUUGUGGGCGCUAUCAAGGUGGACAUGCUGCAGCACAUUAUCGUGCAACCAAUCAUGCUUUUGCUAUGCAAUUAGGCAGCUCGAGUGUUUGGGAUUAUGCAGGAGACAAUUUUGUACACCGCGUUAUGCAAAACAAAUCAGAUGGGAAACUUGUAGCGACACAAUCACCGGAUGAUGAAGGCGAGGAGAAAAUUGAUUCAAUGCAACUUGAAUUUUCCUAUCUACUAACCUCACAAUUAGAAACACAACGUAAAUACUUUGAAGAGCGUUUAUUAGAAGUUGAAACGCGGUGGAAAAGUACCGAAAUGAGUGCAGAAUACCAAAAAAAGAAGUUGAAUGAAUUUGAACAAAAAGUAAACACCUUAACUAAGGAAAAGCAGGCGCUUGAACGUAAAUUAGCACAGAAUGCUACCAAAUUGAAAGAAGUACAAAAGCAGCUUAGUGAUGAGAAUCAAAUAAGUAAGGCCCUGCAAACUAACCAAAGCUCUUGG